CCCACCUCUGGAAUGUGGGCAGGUAAGUCAAAAAUUAACAAACACGUCACAAAAAAAAUCCAGUGAGAUUCUCAAGGUCAGAGGAAUGCAGCAAGGAACUCAGUAACAUAAAUUUGGUUCAUAACUUCAAAUAGGUUUGUCUAGACUGGAUUCAAGAUAAUAUUAACAUGGAAAAAAUAUUCCUGUGGAUUUAUCCCUUCCUUCUACUGUCCAUUAAGAGCUCCAUUCAUUCAUUGACAACAGAUUCAGCUUUACCUACUACCACAUCACCACCAACAACAGCAACAUCCACAGCUGGUCCUUCAACAUCUCUGUUGACAGAUUCAACUUUACCUGUUACAACAGCACCGCCAACUACAGAGUCAACUACGUUUGAAACAACAACACCAUUCCUAACCACAAAAACAACAGAUUCAACUGCACUGAACACAACAUUAUCACCAACAACAGCAACAUCCACAACUGUUCCUUCAACAUCUCUGUUGACAGAUUCAACUUUACCUGUUACAACAUCACCACCAACUACAGAUUCAACUCCAUUUGAAACAACAGCACCAAUCACAACCAUAGAAACAACAGCAACAUCCACAACUGGUCCUUCAACAUCUCUGUCGACAGAUUCAACUUUACCUGUUACAACAUCACCACCAACUACAGAUUCAACUCCAUUUGAAACAACAGUCCCAAUCACAACCAUAGGAACAACAGCAACAUCCACAACUGUUCCUUCAACAUCUCUGUCGACAGAUUCAACUCUACCUGUUACAACAUCACCACCAUCUACAGAUUCAACUCCAUUUGAAACAACAGCACCAAUCACAACCAUAGAAACAACAGCAACAUCCACAACUGUUCCUUCAACAUCUCGGUCAACAGAUUCAACUUUACCUGUUACAACAGCACCGCCAACUACAGAUUCAACUCCAUUUGAAACAACAGUACCAAUCACAACCACAGAAACAGCAACAUCCACAACUGGUCCUUCAACAUCUCUGUCGACAGAUUCUACUUUACCUGUUACAACAGCACCGCCAACUACAGAUUCAACUCCAUUUGAAACAACAGCACCAAUCACAACCAUAGAAACAACAGCAACAUCCACAACUGGUCCUUCAACAUCUCUGUCGACAGAUUCAACUUUACCUGUUACAACAUCACCACCAACUACAGAUUCAACUCUAUUUGAAACAGCAGUCCCAAUCACAACCAUAGAAACAACAGCAACAUCCACAACUGUUCCUUCAACAUCUCUGUCGACAGAUUCAACUGUACCUGUUACAACAUCACCACCAUCUACAGAUUCAACUCCAUUUGAAACAACAGCACCAAUCACAACCAUAGAAACAACAGCAACAUCCACAACUGGUCCUUCAACAUCUCUGUCGACAGAUUCUACUUUACCUGUUACAACAGCACCGCCAACUACAGAUUCAACUCCAUUUGAAACAACAGCACCAAUCACAACCAUAGAAACAACAGCAACAUCCACAACUGGUCCUUCAACAUCUCUGUCGACAGAUUCAACUCCAUUUGAAACAACAGCACCAAACACAACCAUAGAAACAACAGCAACAUCCACAACUGUUCCUUCAACAUCUCUGUCAACAGCAACAUCCACAACUGCUCCUUCAACAUCUCUGUCAACAGGUUUAACCACAUCUAACACACCAUUACCAUUAAUAACAGAUUCAACUUUACCUGUUAUAACAUCACCACCAACUACAGAUUCAACUCCAUUUGAAACAACAGCACCAAACACAACCACAGAAACAACAGUAACAUCCACAACUGUUCCUUCAACAUCUCUGUCAACAGAAUCAACUACGUUUGAAACAACAACACCAUUCAUAACCACAGAAACAACAGGUUUAACCACAUCUAACACACCAUCACCAUUAAUAACAGAUUCAACUCCGUUUCAAACAACAGCACCAAACACAACCACAGAAACAACAGCAACAUCCACAACUGUUCCUUCAACAUCUCUGUCAACAGAAUCAACUACGUUUGAAACAACAACACCAUUCAUAACCACAGAAACAACAGCAACAUCCACAACUGCUCCUUCAACAUCUCUGUCAACAGGUUUAACCACACCUAACACACCAUUACCAUUAAUAACAGAUUCAACUCCGUUUCAAACAACAGCACCAAACACAACCACAGAAACAACAGCAACAUCCACAACUGUUCCUUCAACAUCUCUGUCAACAGAAACAUUGACAACUCCUCCUUCAACAUCCCUGAUAACAGAUUCAACUACACGUAAUACAACAGCACCAUCAACAACAGCUUCAACUACACCUAAAACAACAUCACCAUCAGGAGUUCUUUUGACCAUUGGUGUAAGAUUUAAUUCUGCUCAGAAUCUUACGGAUCAAGACCUAUUGCAGGUGUAUAAAAUGAUAACAGAAAAACUGGGAAUAAUCUUACAACAAAAUAAUGGAAUAAACGUCUGAUAAGAAUC